CGUUUCGCAAUUUCAAGGUAAAGACUAAUCUGUCUCCGCAAAAAUUAUAGCGAUCUGAUUCUCCUUUAAUCGCCGCUUUGGUGAACAACCUGCUAUCGUUUCGUUUCGAUUCCUUCAGGUCAUUCUUUCUGAGCUGAUCUCGCUCAAAUAUUUGCUAUGGAUGACGAAUUCGAGUUCGCCGAUAAGGUUCCCCCCUCCUUCGAUACUGUGGGUAACACAAUCAAGGAUGCAGGUGCCAAGGGGUUCAACCCAGCAUUGAUUGUGCUGCUGCUUGUUGUGGGGCUACUAUCAAUAUUUAUCAUUGGGAAUUAUUUGCUUUACACGUACGCACAGAAAACUCUACCACCAAAGAAAAAGAAGCCAGUCUCCAAGAAGAAGUUGAAGAAGGAAAGGCUGAAACAAGGAGUCUCGGCUCCAGGAGAGUAGAAACCUCCUUUUGUCCCCUUAACGUUGAGUUGCUGCUAGUGGACUUGCCUUUUUCUAUAUCAUAUCUAGUGUCGUCAUCGUGAAGUGAUGUUUAAAUUUGUAGCACCCUUUACCUUACUACUUGAUAGAAAUUUGACUUAAUUAUUACAAGUUAACUUUAAUGUGUGUAGCUGAGCAUGAGUUUAAGAAUAUGACGUUGCUUUGCCAUGUUGUCCAAGCUCACCCCAGCGACAGACCCCAGGAAGGGUGAAUGGUUUUUUCUAGGGGAAAGGAUUAUUUCUGGAGCGGUCAUGCCUUUCUUGUUCCAGUUACCACCACUUCAUCUGAUUGGGGAAGGGUCACCAAAUACUGUGCGACGUUUUUGUGGGCAUCUCUUGUGUCGUCUCAACUUGACGAAUUGAGCUCAGCGCACAAAGUGAUAGGGAGAUGGGAUGGCAAUGCAGUGCUUUUCUCGGUGAUUCUGUUGUUGCCUUAACAAUGCUUGGUGAUGAAUUUUGUACGUUUUGUUCAUGAAUUUUAUAUGAUCAUGUUAGCUUCAUCGCCACAUGCUGAGGGCAUGGAGUUGAAUCUUCCAUUGGUCUA